AUGACUGAACCAGUGGGAGGCAAUGAACCUGCAAUGGACAGCCUCGGCGUUGGCGACAUCGCAGUGUUCAGUAUACUCACAGCUAUUGGAUACUUCGUCGGCCUCUACUUCUCCUUCAGUCGCACACGUCGUCAGGCUGCAUCAUGCGACGGAGGCGCCUCAUCAGCCGUUCUCGAGGCCUUCCUGGGCGGCCGUACUCUUCCGGCGGCGGCACUGGCCGUGUCCGUGCUGGCGUCCGUGGCCACUGCCGUCGGCGUAGUGAGUUUCGUGGGCCACUACUACGCCUUUGGCUUUCAUCUCGACUGGGCGCUGGCCGGUAUUCCACUGGCGGCGAUCAUUGUUUCGUUCGUCUUCGUGCCCCUACUCUACGAUCUGCGAGUGGCGUCCGUGUUUCAGUACCUUCGAAUGCGCUUCGACAACAAGGUGGGGAUCACGGCCUGCUUAGUGUACUUCCUGCUAAGUCAAAGCGUUGGCGCUGUUGGAAUCUUCAGCUCAGCUAUUGCAGUGUCAACAAUGUUUCCCAUUCCACUCGUAUACUCUAACAUAGGAAUCGGUCUGGCAGGCACAGUAUACACUGCACUGGGAGGUCUUCGUGGAGUUGUGUGGGCUGACUGCGCUCAAGCUGUCGUCAUGUUCUUUUCGCCCAUUGUCAUCAUUGCAAAAGUCCUCUAUGAUGCGAACACUGUGACUCCGCCACUCCGCCCCAUGAGCGAUGCGAACGUCACAGAAUUUGCGUUCCG